AUGGAGAGCUGCCGAGGGGUGGUCAUCGCCUCGGCAAUCUUCAAUGACCACGACAAGAUCCGGCAGCCAAAGGGGCUCGGGUCCCAUACAGUCAAGGCGGCGUGUUUCUUCAUGUUCAUCGACGACCGUACCCACCGGGUCCUGGCGAGCCACGGCAUCCUGGAAGACGAGCAUGUCGCGUCGGCCAGCGCGUUCGUCGGUGCAUGGUGCGUGGUGACGCUGCAGCAGCAGCAGCAGCUCCCCUACGAGGACCCCGCCAUGAACGGCGUCGUGGUGAAGCACCUGCUGCAUAGGCUCUUCCCGAACGCCAGGUUCAGCGUCUGGAUCGACGCCAAGAUGCAGCUCACGGUGGACCCGCUGCUGCUGGUGCACUCCCUCCUCGUCGGCAAGGGCGCGGACAUGGCGGUCUCCAGGCACCCGUUCAACCUCCACGCCAUGGAGGAGGCGAUCGCCACGGCGCGGUGGCGCAAGUGGCGCGACGUGGACGCCAUCAGGGCGCAGAUGGAGGCCUACUGCAGCUACGGCCUGCAGCCAUGGUCCCCCAGCAAGCUCCCAUAUCCUUCAGGUAUCCACUAA